CUGACUUACGACACUGUCUUCGACAACAAGGCGGGUUCUAUGAACACCGCCGCCUGCUCGAAUGGCCCUCACGGUCUCGCCUCGAAAUUUCCCACAUUCGGUGACCUCCCUGACUACCCCUAUGUCGGCGGUGUCUUCGCCGUCUCAUCCUGGAACUCUGCCAACUGUGGAACCUGCUGGGCUGUUACAUAUCCCGAGACUGGUGUUACGAUCAAUGUCCUCGCGAUCGAUGUGGCCAGCCCCGGUUUCAAUGUCGCCCAGGCGGCCAUGGACAAGUUGACAAACGGCAAGGCUACUCAGCUCGGAAAGGUCGAGGUCAACGUGGAGCAAGUUCCUACUUCCGCUUGCAAGUUGUGA